CCUCUGUUCUGUUUUUUCCCGAGAAAGUUUAUAGUUUUCCGUGAAAAUUCAUUUUUAUCAUCAAUCAAACAAACAAAAAACUCUGUUUUGACAAACUGGGUCUUCUCUUUUCUUGUCAAGUCUGCAAAUUUUCUCGUCUCUUUCGGGUAUAUCUCGUUUCGAGUUUUCGAUCACAGAAACAUACAAAACAACCGUAAAAUAAGCUUUCUCCACAGAAAAAAAAAAAAAAAAUACUUUUAUUUCUUGUCCAAGUUAACUCAGCAAAUUUCGUUUUUUUUUUCCCCUUAAAAAAAAACAUUUCUUGUCCGUAAAUUGCGUUGCCCUUAAAUUAAGCUGUCCUAACGUCAAAACUCAAACACUCGCUUGCGUGUCUUCCUCUCUUAAAUUCCCCCCUCUCAUCUCUCUCUCUCUCGUUCCUCUCUGUUUCUCUCUGUUUUCUCAAAGAAGAAUCAAGAAACCCAAUCUCUCUCUCUCUCUAGAGAAAGGAAUCAUGGUGUUCGGUAAAGGGUCAAUGAAAAAAUCGAACCUUGACCGCUUCCUUCAUUGCACAACACCUGUCGUGCCUCCCCAAUCUCUCCCCAAGACGGAGAUUAGGAGCUUGAAUCGGAUUUGGCACCAAUCAGAGAGAGAAAAGGUUGAGUUUUUCAGAUUAAGCGAUCUCUGGGAUUGCUACGAUGAAUGGAGUGCUUAUGGAGCUGGCGUUCCCAUUCGUCUCACCAACGGCGAAUCUCUUGUUCAGUACUACGCUCCUUACCUCUCUGCCAUCCAGAUCUUCAUCUCUCGCUCUUCCUUGAUCCGCUUAAGGGAUGAGUCUGAGUAUGGGGAGAGCGAGACGAGAGAUUCGUUUAGUGAUUCAUAUAGUGAAGAGAGUGAAAGUGAUAAGCUUUCGAGAAGUGCUGCUUCUGAUGAAGGAGGACUUGAGCAUGACGCUAACGAUCGUUUGGGCUAUCUUUAUUUACAACACUUUGAGAGAUCAGCUCCUUAUGCUAGAGUUCCUCUCAUGGAUAAGAUCAAUGAGUUGGCUCGAAGGUACCCUGGAUUGAUGUCGCUGAGAAGCGUCGAUCUUUCACCGGCGAGUUGGAUGGCUGUAGCGUGGUACCCUAUUUACCAUAUACCUAUGGGAAGGACCAUCAAAGAUUUGUCUACUUGUUUCCUCACUUAUCACACUCUUUCAUCUUCUUUCCAAGAUAUGGAGCCAGAAGAGAAUGGCGGGGAGAAGGAGAGGGCUCGGAAGGAAGGAGAAGGUGUGACUCUGCUUCCUUUCGGGUUAGCCACUUACAAGAUGCAAGGCAAUGUUUGGCUCAGGGAAGACGAUCAUGGCCAAGAUCAAGAACGAGUUCUGUCGCUUCUAAGUGUUGCUGAUUCUUGGCUAAAGCAGCUGAGAGUCCAACACCAUGACUUCAACUACUUUUCAAGAAUGGCUCACCGAUGAUUUUCAACUGUAGAUUUGUUUUUUAUAUAUCUUAUCUCUUUUUGUUUUUCAUGGUCGCAAUAACCUUGUUUGGAGCAGCAGUAGCGGUGACGAGGAGGGCUCAAACCGCUCACUGAGCGUUUAUUUAUAAAGCGGUUGCUGAGUUUUGGGUGUAGAAAUAGCUUUUGAGUCCUAUAUAUAUGGGAGUUGUCGUAAAUUAUGGAGUGGUAAUCUUUAUUGAAAGAGUGUUUCUUGUUUCUUGAUAACAUUGGGUCUUGUUCUUGUACCACAGUAACAUUUUACUGAAAUAGUAACCAUCUGAUCAUCUUUGUAA